UUUUUCAAUUUGUCCCAACCGCCUCUCUUUCUGCAAAACCCCAGCUUUGCUCCAUAGCCUAAAACCCUAAGUUAUCUCUGGUGUGCUUUCUCUCAGUGGUCUGUCUUCGUUCGAAUUGCGCUGGGGUUUUUUCUCCUUUUGGUAGAGAUACUGCGAAUCCUUCGUCUCUAGAUUCCAUCGCCGCACCCAUACGGUUUACUGGUACCACCAAAAUUUCUCAUGCUUGCUUACGUUACGCUCACUGAUGGUUUGAUUAUCUUGGACCAAGAGGACCCCGUUCGUGCUUUUGAUUCUCUCCGCCCGGUGCUCGUGGAAUGAGGUUUCAGAGCUUCUUUAAGUUCUUGUUUGUGGUGAAGAGAUGAUUUGAUACCAGAGCUAUUCAGGUUACCUUUGUGGACAACAGAUGCUGCUUGUUGAAACGGAUGGGGUUUCAAUUGAUGGAAAUAUGAUAACAGGGGAGCAAACUGUGAUACUUUGCUUGGAGGAGAAAUGGAACAGUGGAGGGACAGGAUAGUAGAAGGGAGGAAAAAGAGAGAAGGAACUUGUGGUGUCUUCGUAUCUUGUUGUCUGUUGGUGGGAAGAUCAGUAAAUAAAUGAUGGAUUGAAAUUUCUAAAGGAAUCAAUUCAUUAUGCUGUUUUUCUUUCUCAUCAGUAGAAUCAUUUCUAUCAUUUCACCCUUGCACUAAUUUGCAGGUAUGGGAAUAGAUAUGAAUUUUAUUCAAUAACGAACAGGGUCAAAAUUUACCUGUGAUGGAAAUUGUUGAAUCCAUACUUGACCUUCCAGUGCAAGAUCCACCAGAGGAGGACUUCUCGUCUGCUGACUUGACUUGGACCAAGUUUGGGACAGCUGAGCACCAUGAUGAUGUGGCACUCAUUACCUAUGAUCGCGUUGAUGCAUUUAUAAUUGGAGAAUGCUCUAAUGUAGAAUGUCCAACACAGUUUCAUCUUGAAAGGGCAAGAAAGCGUUUACUGGGAAGCUUGAAGGAGUACAAGAAUGAUGAAUAUUUGGACUAUAGGCUGUAUUGGUGUUCUUUCGGUCCUGAAAAUUAUGGCGAAGGUGGAAGUGUAUUACCUAGUAGAAAAUAUCGGCUCAACACCCGAAAUCGUGCUGCUAGGCCUCAAUCCAUGCGAGGCUGUACUUGCCAUUUUGCGGUGAAGCGGCUGUAUGCUCGUCCCUCGCUUGCACUUAUUAUCUAUCAUAACAGGCGCCAUGUAAACAAGUCUGGUUUUAUCUGCCAUGGGCCCCUUGACAGAGAUGCCAUAGGCCCGGGUGCCAAGAGAAUUCCAUAUAUCUGUAAUGAGAUUCAACAGCAAACAAUGUCGAUGAUUUAUCUUGGUAUUCCUGAAGAAAACGUGUUAGAGAAACAUAUUGAGGGUAUUCAACGGUAUUGCGGAUCAGAUGCAAAAGUCAAUAGCCUUGCUUCCCAGUACGUUCAAAAACUUGGAAUGAUUAUAAAACGGUCUACGCAUGAGUUGGAUCUUGAUGACCAAGCCAGCAUUCGGAUGUGGGCAGAACGCAAUAAGAAAUCCAUAUUCUUUUAUCAGGAUUCGUCAGAAGCAGAUCCUUUCAUUUUAGGUAUUCAAACUGAAUGGCAGUUGCAGCAAAUGAUCCGGUUUGGCCACCGUAGUCUCAUUGCAGCUGAUUCAACAUUUGGCAUAAAAAGACUCAAGUACCCCCUAUGUACACUUCUUGUGUUUGAUUCAAGGCAACAUGCACUCCCUGUUGCAUGGAUCAUCACACGUAGCGUUGCGAAGCCUGAUGUGGCUAAAUGGAUGAAAGCUCUAUUUGAUCGAGCUCGAAGUGUAGAGCCUGGAUGGAAGAUCAGUAUGUUCUUGAUUGAUGAUGCAGCGGCUGAGAUUGACCCCAUAAGGGAUAUAUUUGCAUGCCCUGUCCUGUUUUCCCUUUGGCGAGUCCGUAGGUCAUGGUUGAGGAAUAUUGUUAAACGAUGUGGCAAUGUUGAAGUCCAGCGUGAGGUUUUCAAGCGCUUAGGGAAUUUAGUGUACAGCAUAUGGGGAGGAAUUGAUGCUCAAGUGUCCUUGGAAGAACUAAUUCAGGAUUUUGUUGAUCAGACGACCUUCAUAGAAUAUUUCCAGGCCUCUUGGGUGCCUAAGAUUGAAAUGUGGCUUUCGACAAUAAGAACGAUUCCGCUUGCGAGCCAAGAGGCAUCCGGUGCCAUAGAAGCCUAUCAUGUGAAGCUGAAAGCCAAACUGUUUGACGACUCACAUCUUGGUGCACUCCAGAGAGUUGAUUGGUUGGUGCACAAAUUGACAACUGAAUUGCAUUCGAGCUAUUGGCUAGAUCGGUAUGCUGAUGAAAGUGAUUCUUUUCAGAGUGUUAAGGAAGAGUACAUUGCUUCUACAUCAUGGCAUCGAGCACUACAAAUUCCUGAUUCUGCUGUUACCUUUGAUGAUAAGGACGGCCUCUUUGCAAAGGUCUCUAGUAAAAAAGACAGUAGUCUGACACACACUGUGUGGAAUCCUGGAUCAGAGUUUUCUUUUUGUGAUUGUGCAUGGUCGAUGCAGGGCAACCUUUGCAAACAUGUCAUCAAGGCCAAUAUGAUCUGUGGUGAAAGUUAUCAACCCUCCAUGUCUUUUCGGUCAUUCAGAGACAUAUUGAUGAGUUUAUUGAAAAAACCUAUGGAUGACUCGAUUGGUUUAGAUCUGUCAGUUGCCUGGACCCACCAGAUGCUUGAUCAAAUUAAACAACUUGUUGAACUGAACAGCACGAAUGAUAUUGGUACAGUUGUAAAUAACAUGCAGUUGAAAUGGGUUUCAAAGAAGGGCAGAACAUCCGUUGGCAUACCAGCGUCCAAUCUGACUCUUCCAUCUAGCUCCAGGAGCAGUAUGAAAAAUGCCACUGUGCAUAAGAAGAACCGAAAGCGUAGAAGAUUAUCACGACUGAGAUGAUAGGAUAAAUUACUUGAUAAAAUGAUGGAUUCCUGGACAGUUUUAACUUGUCAAAACUAUAAGGUCGAAUUUUUUCCAUCAACUGUCUUCAUUUUCUUGUCAGAUCUUCUUAACUCUAUUUCUCAUGGAGUUCCUGAAACCUGGUCUUCAUUCCAUCAGUCCAGGAGAAGGGCAACCAGCCACCGCGUCAACUAUUUUAUGGCAUCUAAUCUCCUACAGCAGGCCAUUAAAAAAAGGCAUCUCCUACAGCUGGACAAUUAGAUGCUCAGAUGAGAUCUAAGACCACUCUUGAUUUUCAGUUGCACAUUCCUUUGGCAAGUUAAGGCAGAUAUCUUGUAACUACUGGAUGCAUUCUUUUGCCCUCAUGUGUUUCAACUCACGAGGCAUUUGAGUAUGUUGCUAAAACUACUCAUUUUAUACUUUCCUCUUGGUGGGAGACCAGCUUACAAGUACUUUUUUGUUCAGAAAGAAAGAGUAGCUUGAUGAAAUUUGGUUUUAUAUCUUUUACAGGUUUAUAUAUGUCAAAGAGAAUAGAGGAUGACCAGUGAUUAUUUGAAUCACUUGGAGCAAUUGUUGUGCAUAGCUAGUUGUUAAUGUGAGCUGAGAUUUCUGAGCUGCACAGGUAGACAUACCAUCUGUUACUUUGAGUAUAUGGUAUUUUUGAAGAGUAGAAUCCAAUUGUUAGCAGUUCUACAAUUAGAAGGUUCUUUUAGAUGUAUACCAGUUGCCAACAAUGAAAUAAAUCUCAUCUUCUGAACUUUUCAUAUACUGAUGUUUUGUCUACAAUAAAAAGGUUACUGUUUUUUGUAAUUCAAGAUGAUGCUUUCCCUGUGA